CACUCUCUCACUCCACUUCUCUUGUCUUGUAUACCCCAAAGUCCAAACCCAUACUACCAAACAAAAAUUCAAACCUAAAACCAUAACUGCUCUCUCCCUUCUUUUUAUCUCUCAAAACCAAAACACAAAAAACCAAACUUCAUUCAUGUGAAAAAACAUCUUCAAAAAAACAAAGAGAAAAAAACACAUUACAAAUGAAGUUUUAUUUUUCUUUCUUUCUCUUUUUUCUGACACUUUUUCUUCCGUCGGUAAAACCCGACCUCACUUCAGAACGCGCCGCUUUAUUAACCCUACGCGCUGCCGUAACUGGCCGAACCCUACUCUGGAACACUACUUCCGCCUCUCCUUGCAACUGGGCCGGCGUCCAUUGUAACCAAAACCACACUCACGUUGUCGAGCUUCACCUCCCCGCCGUCGCACUUUCCGGUAACCUCCCCACCGGCGUUUUCUCCGAACUUCCUAACCUCCACACUCUCAGCCUCCGUUUCAACUCCCUCUCCGGUCCUCUCCCCUCCGACCUUGCUGCUUGCACCUCCCUCAAAAACCUCUACCUUCAACAGAAUCUUCUCUCCGGUGAACUUCCGGCGACUUUUUUCAACCUCACCGGACUUGUUCGUCUAAAUUUAGCUUCCAACAAUUUCUCCGGUGAAAUUCCGGUGGGGUUUGGUAACUUAACCCGGUUGAAAACAUUGUAUCUUCAAAACAACCGGUUCACCGGUUCGUUAAGCGAGUUUGAGUUAAACCCGGUUCAACUCGCUCAGUUCAAUGUUUCAAACAACAUGCUAAACGGUUCUGUUCCUGAAAAGUUGCAAACUUUUGGAAAAGAUUCGUUUUUGGGUAAUUUGUUAUGUGGGAAACCACUUAACCCUUGUCCUAAGGAAGGAGGUACAAAUAGUGGAAAUGGGGGUGCAAAUAGUGGUAAUGGGGGUAGAAAUUCAAGUGUAGUUGAUGAAAAUAAUGGGUUUGUAAGGAACAAGAAGAAAGGGAAAUUAUCUGGUGGUGCUAUAGCUGGAAUUGUUAUUGGGUCAGUUGUGAUUCUUUUGAUUGUGGUUUUUGCUUUGAUUGUUUUAUGUAGGAAUAGAAAUGGUGAAAAAAUUGAUGAAGUUGCAAGAACUUUGAAACAUAAUCAGCUUAUUGAUGAAGGGAUUCAUGGUGAGAAUGUUGGUAAUGGUAAUGGAAAUGGAUAUUCGUCGGCCGCGGCUAUGGCGGUUGCGGCGCCGGUGAAUGGUGAGAGAGGUAAUGAAGGUGUUGUGAUCGGUGGUGGUGAGAAAAAAUUGGUUUUUUUUAAGAAUUGGGGUAGGGUGUUUGAUUUGGAGGAUUUGUUAAGGGCUUCUGCUGAGGUAUUAGGGAAAGGGACAUUUGGGACAUCUUAUAAGGCAGUUUUGGAGGCUGGUCCUGUGGCUGUAGCUGUGAAGAGGUUAAGGGAUGUGACAAUUUCUGAGAGGGAGUUUAAGGAGAAGAUUGAGAAAGUUGGAACAAUGGUUCAUGAGAAUUUGGCACCUCUUAGGGCUUAUUAUUAUAGUAGAGAUGAGAAGCUUCUUGUUCAUGAUUAUUUGCAUAUGGGAAGUUUAUCUGCACUUUUGCAUGGAAACAAAGGAGGGGGUAGGACACCAUUGACUUGGGAAAUGAGAUCAGGCAUUGCACUUGGAGCUGCUCGCGGCAUUGAAUACCUACAUUCACAAGGUCCUAAUGUUUCUCAUGGAAACAUAAAGUCAUCUAACAUCUUACUAACCAAGUCCUAUGAUGCAAGAGUAUCUGAUUUCGGUCUUGCACAUCUUGUUGGUCCUUCAUCCACACCCAAUAGGGUUGCCGGCUACCGCGCUCCCGAGGUAACCGAUCCUCGGAAAGUUUCUCAAAAGGCAGAUGUAUACAGCUUUGGUGUAUUGCUCUUGGAACUUUUGACUGGAAAGGCUCCAACUCACGCCCUCUUGAACGACGAAGGUGUGGACCUUCCGAGAUGGGUGCAAUCAGUUGUUAAAGAAGAGUGGACUUCUGAGGUCUUUGAUCUUGAACUUCUUAGGUAUCAAAAUGUUGAAGAGGAAAUGGUUCAGUUGUUGCAACUUGCUGUAGAUUGUGCUGCUCCAUACCCCGAUAACCGCCCUUCAAUGUCGCAAGUGAGACAGCACAUAGAAGAGUUGCAUAGGUCUAGCUCGAAAGAGGGUAGUCAAGACCAAAUUCAACAGCCUGAUGUUAUCAGUGACAUAGAUGAUAUCUCUUCUAGAUGAUGAUGAGUUUGGCUCUAUCUUACUUCUUAAUUUACUAGGAUGUUCUUGGCUUUGUCAAAAGCCCCUUAUCUUUCUUUUUUCCUGAAUCAUGUGUGCUUAUGUUGUAACUUUUUUUAGGGUUUAAUUAUUCUGUAGGUCUAUGAACUAUAUGGGAAUUUUUAAAUAGAUCCCUAAACUAAAAAUUUGUAAUUGAGUCCUUGUAUUUGUCAAAAAUAUCUAAAUAGCUCCCUGAACUAAUUUUUUUUUAAUUGAGUUCAUUAAUUUUUAAAUAAUUUAUAAUUAAGGCUCUCCUAAACUUUUAAAUAAUUUGCAAUUAGGUCCAUGAACUUGUUAAAGUUCAGGAACCUAAUUAAAAAAAAAUAGUUCAGGGACUUAAUUACAAAUUACUAACAAACUAGUGGACCCAAUUACAAAUAAUUUUAGUUUAGGGACUUACAUAAUUUUUUUUAAAGUAGUUUAUGGACCUACAUAUUUGUUGCACCAGAUUUCAGCUUUUCCUACUAGUUUCCCUCUUUUUCUUCUCAACCAUUUAUCUAUGGGGGGGUUCAUAUCUGUUCCAUUAUUUAUUGGCUGUAGAUUCUGGUUGAUGUAAUUAUUCUUAUUGCUUUAGCAAUAACUUUUGCUUUUGGUGAAGCUUUUUUCUCUGUUGAAAGUUGAGAUGAUAUAGUUGCUGUCA